AUGAGUUACCCUACUUCACAAUCGAGCAUGUCUCAACUCAACACCACGUUUGACCCUGACUACGAUUCUUUUUUGAACAUCGAGAAUGAAUUCACACCUGCAACAACUUCUCCAGACAUCAAGUCAGUCCCGAUGCUGACCCCUCAGUCGUCCAUCCCAGGCUCUGCAACCUUUGCGUCGAGCUCGACUCCUACCACUUUCCCGGGACCCAGCUUCCAGUACGAUCGAUAUCAUCAACAGACUGGCAUACCAAUUGGCGCUCUUGCAAGCACUUUCAACAUCAACAAGGCGACUGGGUUACAAUAUCAUGAGGGGAAUGGAGGCUUCAUUAUGCCAACAGAGACACUGAACAUGCCUUUGAGCGACUUGGACGAGUUUGACUUCUCUCGCAACCCUGCUGAUAUGGAUUUCGAGACGGAUUCGCCAAACGGUCUUCCAAUGUUCUACUCUGAGGCUGGGUCUGGUCCAACUCAGUUCGUCAGCCCAACCACUUUGGUGUCCCAGAAUACCACCACUUCCGCUCCGAAACGAAUCUAUCCUGGAAUGCACAGUCAGCAGGCUGCCCAGGCCAAGGCGCAACAGGCUCAGAAACAGGAACAGAUUGCACGACAGCAGCAGCCCCAUCCUCAAAGCCAGAAACCCCUUCCAGGUUCGGUAACCGUCAAAACUCAGCCGGCCAAGGACCCCCUCGUCGAAGAAAGCAUCACUAAGGUCUUGAAUCGGAUGAGGCAAGCCAGCGCUGUUUCCAUGUCUGAUGACGACAACUCUCCUGUGACAGGAAUGUCAAACAUGCCUCGCUUGAAGAAGGACGAAGAUGACAUGGAUGAAGAUGAACGUCUCCUGGCCAGCGAAGAAGGCAAAAAGCUGUCCAGUAAGGAACGUCGCCAACUCAGGAACAAAGUAUCUGCCCGUGCAUUCCGUUCCAGAAGAAAAGAAUACAUUUCUCAAUUAGAAGGAGAAGUUGCCGCCAAAGCUCAAGAGGCCAACGACUUGCGUGCUCAAAAUCAGCAACUUCGAGAAGAGAACAACCGUCUCACCGACCUCACGCGAAUGUUGCUAUCGUCUCAAGCCUUUUCAGGCUUUUUGCAAGAGCUCAGCCAGUCUGGCUUGCCAGCACCGAACGUCCAGAGUAACACUCAGCAGCAAAAGGCCGUUACAAGCAAGCCUCAGCCCCAAUCUCACGUCGUGAAAAAGGACAUCGGCUCAGACGAGGCUGCACAUAGCAUGCAUAUUCAGCAGCCUCAAGUUGGGAUGGCGCUAAUUCCAGACACCCCGGUUGAUUUCUCUGUGCUUCAACCAUCAAAUGGCUGGAUGAGCGCUCUCCCAACCAACGACUUCCAAGUCUAUGCCGUCACGGCAUUACCAGAACCCCCAAUCCUGGACCUUGAAAGUCUGUCAGGAAAAUCCAAAUCAAGCCAUGACUCAAGUAAAGGGGCAAAAGACUCACCCCGUAUCCCCGAGCUACCCAAUCGGGUGCCAACUUUCACGUCACCAGAAACGCCCAAGGUUGACGAUUCAGUCUCCCUCGACCGAGAAAACUUUGCGUUGUACUUCGAACCUGCUGUCUCUCAUUUGGAAGAUACACUGGAUUGUACAGAGCAGGAUACAGAACUUUCUGAUGAAGAAAAGGCGGCUCAUUUGCAAUCAUUGUGCCAUGGUCUCGACGAAUCUUGUGACAAGCUCGAGCAGUAUGUGUCGCAUAUGAAAUGA